UAUUUUUUUCUAACAGCCAACGAAAGAAAAAAAAAAUUGAGGAAGGAGUAGGGAAUUGUUUGAUUCUGCAAGGGGAGGGCCAACUGCAGAGUAGUUUCCACGGAAGAAUUCGAGGAAGAGGGCAAGCUGCAUCUCCUGAAUACCGAAGCUUAGAAAAAUGGCAGUGAGUUUGGAAGGAGUAAAGGUAAUUCUUGUACCAUACAUGGCGGCUCACGUCCCCAAGUACCAUCACUGGAUGCAAGACCCGGCUUUGCUCCAAGCCACCGGGUCGGAACCCCUCUCCCUCGAAGAGGAAUACCAGAUGCAGCAGUCCUGGACCCAAGAUCCCCUCAAGCGAACUUUUAUCGUACUGGAUAAGGACUUGAUAGAGGGAGACUUUGUUCAUGGAGAUUCCCAUGAGGAAGCCAUGGUAGGUGAUGUAAAUAUAUAUAUGAAUGACUUGGAUGACCCACAUUUGGCUGAGAUUGAGAUAAUGAUAGCUGAACCCAAAAGCCGUAGUAAAGGCCUUGGGAAGGAAUCAGUGUUAAUGAUGAUGGCCUACGCUAUCCAGAAUCUUGGGAUCCGUGUUUUCCGUGCUAAAAUUGGAGAAUCAAAUGGAGCAUCUCUUAAUUUGUUCAAUAAAUUGGGCUUUGAGAAGGCUUCUUAUAGUGAAAUCUUCAAAGAGGUGACAUUGGAAUUACCACUGACAAGGACCAAACGUGAGGAACUGCUGAAUUUGAUUGGUAUCAUGGUUAUACACAAGUAGCCUUCGAGAAUUGUUAAUUAAUUUUAUUAUAUUCCUCUUUCAAGGAAAUCUUCCCGGGUAUUAGACUGUUCUCCUGAAUAGUUCUAAGAUUGUUUUUGACUUUAAUUCUGAUAUUCCUCUCUAUUGCGAGGAUGAUAAUUUCAACUAUGUUGAAAUCACAAUGCUAAUUUGAUGUUUCCUUUC